UUAUUUUUUAACACAAAAGCUCUACAAUUGUGCUUCUAAUUUUACUUUUAAUUACUUGAUUAAAAUAAUAAAAUGAAAUAAAAAUUUUCGCCGUUUAAAACAGAGUCAGAGAAUGCAGGAGGGCAGUGAGUGUGACAGUGGAGGAAAUUUGGUUAGGAGUGUUUGAUUGAUUUGCGAUGGAGAAUGAAGAAGGUGGAUUUAGAUAAGAGAUGCUUUUGUUGAUUAGGCUUUUGUAAUUUUGAGAGAGAUUUCUGAGGAAGAGACAAACCCAAAACCAUGCGUCGAGAAAUCUCGUUUCUGAUUCAGCCGCGUUGCCUUCUGCUCUUGGUCGUCCUCUCCAUUUUCCUCAUCUUCACCCUCUCCAGCCCUAGACGUGAUGAGGAAAAAGUGGAAGAGGUGCCAGAAAUUACUCACAGAGUAUACCUGGAUGUUGAUAUUGAUCGACAACAUGUAGGACGAAUUGUGAUUGGAUUAUAUGGGCAGGUUGUACCAAAAACUGUUGAAAAUUUUAGGGCGUUAUGCACAGGUGAGAAAGGCAAAAGUGCUGCUGGGAUAGCACUCCACUACAAAGGAGUACCAUUUCAUCGUAUAAUAUCUGGUUUCAUGAUUCAAGGUGGAGAUAUUGUUUAUGGUGAUGGUAGGGGUUAUGAAUCUAUAUAUGAUGGCGCCUUUCCAGAUGAGAAUUUCAGGAUAAAACAUUCACAUGCAGGUGUUGUUGCCAUGGUGAACAAAGGACCCAAUUCUAAUGGCUCACAGUUUUUCAUCACAACGGUCAAGGCCAGCUGGUUGGAUGGGGAACAUGUUAUCUUUGGCAAGGUAAUUCAAGGCAUGGAUACUGUGUUUGCAAUUGAAGGGGGAGCUGGAACCUAUAGUGGAAAACCCAGAAAGAAGGUAAUCAUUGCUGCCUCGGGAGAGAUUCCAAAGAGCAAGUGGGAUGAAGAAAAAUGAGACGACUGACAAUGAGAAACCAAAGAACAUUUGUCUUGUUCAGAAUUUAGACUCAGGUAUGUGCAUCUCAUGCCAUGCUUGAUUGAAUUUGAAAGCUACUUAAGAAUAGUGAUUUAAUGCUCUUUGUGUUCCUUUAUAGUCUCACAACUUUGGGUAGACAAAAUAAUUUAUAGGCAAUGGAUCUACCCUGCUAGAACCAUUGCUUUGGCCUCCACUUCUAAUGCAUCAAUAAAAUAAGCGUUUCUAACUUUCUAGCA